CCAGCACAGCCUUACAUAUAUAUUGUCCAAUAACCAGGUCGAACUAUGAGUAGUUUCCUCAAUUUCUUAGUUUAGACCCAUUGACAGGUCGUCGUCCUUACUAAGGAAACGAAACCACUUGUUAGGUGGCAGCAGAGCAUAUUAAGCAAGCCUACAUCUGCAACAACGCUGUUAAAAUGACGCGACGCAUUCUUGCCGUAGCUGUUUUAGUGUUGUCCAUCUCGGCGGCAUGCUGCAGUGUGACAGUUUCGAGCCAGAAGCUGGCCCCUCCUCCAACCAACGGAACAAGCCCAGCGCACACAACAAGCCCUGCAACCACACCCAGCCCCUCGCCCAAGGCUAGCCCCUCUCCGUCGCCCAGCCCCUCGCCUAAGGCUAGCCCUUCUCCGUCGCCCAGCCCCUCGCCCAAGGCAAGCCCCUCUCCGUCACCCAGCCCCUCGCCCAAGGCUAGCCCUUCGCCGUCGCCCAGCCCCUCGCCCAAGGCUAGCCCUUCUCCGUCGCCCAGCCCCUCGCCCAAGGCUAGCCCCUCUCCGUCGCCCAGCCCCUCGCCCAAGGCUAGCCCUUCGCCGUCGCCCAGCCCUUCGCCCAAGGCUAGCCCUUCGCCGUCACCCAGCCCUUCACCCAAGGCUAGCCCUUCGCCGUCACCCAGCCCUUCACCCAAGGCUAGCCCUUCACCGUCACCCAGCCCCUCGCCCAAGGCUAGUCCCUCGCCGUCGCCCAGCCCCUCGCCCAAGGCUAGCCCUUCUCCGUCGCCCAGCCCCUCGCCCAAGGCUAGCCCUUCGCCGUCGCCCAGCCCCUCCCCCAAGGCUAGCCCCUCUCCCUCCCCCAAGGCCGGCCCUGCUAAUGGGCGGCAUCUGCUGACUACCACCACCACCACCAAGUCCCCUAGCCCGGCGCCAUCUCCCAAGAAGAGCCCUCGCAAGUCGCAGCCCAAGCUUGGCGAGCCGCCCCUGCCCAUCAAGUAAAGCACCAGCCAGCUAGCAACCAGCCUGGCAGCACCUCCACCUGUGAGCAAGGUGUCAUGACGUACGGUAUCACGUGCUGUUGCGACGGAGGCCUGGCAGUACAACUAACAUGGGUGCCACACGUGUCCUCGAUAACCUGAUCUGCGUGUGCAUUUGGUUACUGGGAUUUGACUGGCGCGCUUCCGUUGCGGCUGAGGGCACACUCACGUGUACCUGUUUGCCUGUCCUCAGGAACAGUUUGUGUGCUGCUAAAACUGGCCACGAUACAGAGUGUUGUGUGCGAGGCGCGCUGUAUGUUGUUGCAGGUAUGCUUCGUAGAGUGUGUGCAUAGAGUUGUACCGAUCGCUGAUCCCGGGAAUACCCUUACUGGGCUUCUUACCUGUUGCUUUUCUAACUAUAGAUCACGGUUAGAAAUGUGCCGUUGAACUACAUUACUGCUGCUGCAAUGCUGCUUAGUUGGUUGAAUACUGCAGGCUGUUGCAUAACCACGUGGUCUUUGUCCGUAGAUUGUGGAAUGGAUGUUUGCUGUGCUUGACAGUUCUUUGUAUUGGAUACAGAUAGGUGUCGUGCUAGAACAGGAGGUCUUGGCUUUCGAGUGUGGUUUAUCUGCGAGUUGCUUAGGUAGGACAUAGCUGCUUUACGGCUGCAUAGUUGUAUGUGUACGAUGCAGAGGACGCGCAAACAGCGCUCCAUUUACCUUGUAAUGCUCUUCAUUCCGG